CAUAAGACAAGAUCAGCAGCGAAUCGGCAGCUCUCGUUCUCUGCAGCGCGGAGAUGGAGUUUUCCACCAUGAUGGGCUUCAGCGGCCCCUUCACCAUUCUGCUGGCCAUGGCCAUCUCCUGCCUCUUCUUCCUCGCCUUCUCGUCGAAGAAGAAGUUCCGCAGCCUCCCGCCGGGGCCCACCCCGCUCCCCUUCAUCGGCAACAUGCUCCAGGUGGACGUGAAGGACCUGAUCAAGUCUCUGAGAGAACUCAGCAAGACGUACGGUCCGAUGUACACCUUCCACCUGGGCUCCCGGCCCUGCGUGGUCCUCACCGGCUACCAGGUCCUCAAGGAGGCUCUGAUCGACAAGGCGGAAGAGUUCAGUGGCCGCGGCGACUUCCCUGCUGUCCAGAUGUGGAGCAAAGGCAACGGGAUCGUCUACGGCACGGGGGAGUGCUGGCGGCAGCUGCGCCGCUUCGCCAUCACCACCUUCAAGAACUUCGGGAUGGGGAAGCGGUCCAUCGAGGAGCGGAUCAAGGAGGAGGCCCAGUUCCUGAUGGAGGAGCUCCGCAAGACCCAAGGCAAGCCCUUUGACCCCACCUUCUUCCUGAGCUGUGCCGGCUCCAACAUCAUCAGCACCCUGGUUUUCGGAAGCCGCUUCGAAUACACGGACAAGAAAUUCCUCAUGUUGAUGGACCUCAUCAACACCAACUGGAAGCUCAUGAGCUCCACCUGGGGACAACUGCUCUUCACCUUCCCGGAGAUCAUGAAGCACAUCCCCGGGCCCCAUCGCCAGAUCUACAAGAACUACCUGAAGCUGGCAGAGUUUGUGGGCGAGCGGCUGGAGAUGAACAGGCAGACGCUGGACCCCAACAACCCGCGGGACUUCAUCGACUGCUUCCUCAUCAAAAUCCAGCAGCCCCAGUGGGAAAAACUCCAUGAGGAAAUCGACCAGGUCAUCGGGGUGAACCGCAGCCCCUGCAUGGAGGACAGGCAGAAGAUGCCCUACACGGACGCCGUCCUCCACGAGAUCCAGCGCUUCGCUGACAUCGUCCCCAUGGGGGUGCCCCACACCGUCACGCGGGACAUCGAAUUCCGUGGAUACACCCUCCCCAAGGACCUGAACGUUAUCCCCCUGCUCUGCACGUCCCAGUUCGACCCGACACAGUUCAAGAAUCCAAACUCCUUUGACCCGACUCAUUUCCUGGAUGAGAACGGGCGGUUCAAGAAGAACGACGCCUUCAUGGCAUUCUCAGCAGGGAAGCGGGUCUGCCUGGGAGAAGGCCUGGCCAUCGCGGAGCUCUUCAUCUUCCUCACCAACAUCCUGCAGAACUUCAAGCUGAAGCCCCUGAUGGACCCCAAGGACAUCGACAUCACCCCGGAAUCGACCGGGCUGGGGAGCAUCCCCCGCCCCUACCAGUUCUGCCUCCUCCCUCGGUAGAACCUUCCUGCCCCCCCCAACCAGCACGACAAAGCCUGGUCCUGGGGUUGGGAGCGAAGAGGCGGGGUGGUGAGGAGGGAGAAGGCGCCCACCCCUCCAGGCGGCAAUCGGGGGGGUCCCGUUCCAGAUGCUACCUCCCCCCACUGCCGGCCCAAAGGGGUAUUCCACCUCCUCCACACCUCCGUCCUCUCCUUCUGCUGCCAUCUACCCUGCUCACUCCGGCACUGACGCCUCCUCGCUCGCUCUCCGCUCCCCCUCGCUCUGGGGCAUGCCCUCCACCCCCCAUGCCUCCUUUCAGCAUCUGUCUGGCCUGCCCACAUCCCUGCCCUGCUCCCUUGGGGGGGGUCUUCUGCGACCCAGCUGCCUCCCGCCUCACCUCUGCCCCCCUCUUUGGUGUAGUGGACUCUAAUCUGGGAGAACCGGGCUUGAUU